CCCACUCCACGUGUAAGUUCGUAUUCACAGAUUUUCCGCUAUAGAUUUCCAUCGUCGUCACACACCCGAUUCGGCCUUGAUUGCAACCUCCAUUUUUAUUUUCUCUCUCCUCCUUUUUGUUUCUGUACGUAAUGUUUAACGAGAGCUAAGUUAUGCUUACUUUGCGUCUCUACAACUCAUCCCCAAACCCAAACCCCUAAAUUUAAACAAAAUUAAUUAAAAUUUACCGACACUUCAUCUUCUCGAUCCAUCUCUCUCAUCGCAAAUCGAUCAAAUAGAGAGAGAGUUAAUCAACCGGAAUCUCAUCAUUUCAGUUCAGUGUACGGUGGUUGAUUGAUCGAGUGGAUUUAGAGGUGGAGUGUUUGUGAAUUUGAAUCUGAAUCUCGCGGGGGUAUUUUCGUCAAAUUCCGGCGAAAAUGCGAGGUCGUCAGGCAGUCGGGGAUGCUGCUGUGUCUACUUACAAACGAGUUGCGUCUAAAGAUGUGGAGGGUGAUUAUGCUAAUGAAGGUCGUCUCCAAGGUUUGGGGAGAGAAGGUGGAAAUCCUCCAUGGUCGAAGUCAUUACCUCAUAUUGUCGUUGCUACAAUCGCUUCAUUUUUGUUUGGAUAUCACCUUGGAGUAGUGAAUGAUACACUAGAAAGCAUCUCUAUUGAUCUUGGCUUCAGUGGAAAUACUAUGGCUGAAGGUUUGGUUGUAAGUAUGUCUUUAGGCGGUGCAUUUCUCGGAUCUCUAUUCAGUGGAUCGAUUGCUGAUUACUUUGGCCGAAGGAGGUCCUUCCAAAUGUGUUCAUUGCCUUUGAUUGUUGGUGCCUCAAUGAGUGCAACAACAAGUAGCUUGGCUGGCAUGCUUACUGGAAGGUUUCUUGUUGGACUUGGCAUGGGACUUGGCCCAGCUGUUGCAGCUCUAUAUGUGGCUGAGGUUUCACCAACAUAUGUUCGAGGUACAUUUGGAAGUUUCACGCAAAUUGCGACUUGCCUGGGACUUAUGGGAUCAUUUGUUAUUGGUAUUCCCGCAAAGGAUUCUAAGGAUUGGUGGCGUGUUUGUUUCUGGGUAUCUGUUAUUCCUGCUGCAUUACUUGCUCUAUCAAUGGAACUUUGUGCAGAGAGUCCUCACUGGCUUUUCAAGAAAGGAAGAAGUGCUGAAGCUGAAGUUGAGUUCGAGAGGCUACUGGGAGGUUUACAUGUCAAGAGUGCAAUAGCUGAAUUGUCAAAGUCGGAUAGAGGGGAUGAGGCUGAUACAGUUAAAUUCUCGGAGCUGUUUUAUGGUCGACAUUAUAAGGUGGUUUUCAUUGGGUCUGUCCUAUUUGCUUUACAGCAGCUGUCUGGUAUCAACGCUGUGUUCUAUUUCUCUUCUUCUGUCUUUAAGAGUGCUGGAGUUCCACCAGAUACUGCAAACAUGUUUGUGGCAGUUGUAAAUUUAUCAGGAUCAUGCACCGCAACAAUACUAAUGGACAAACUAGGAAGAAAGUUGCUUCUUCUGGGCAGCUUUUUGGGCAUGGCCAUGUCACUGGCUCUUCAAAUAAUUGCAGCAUGCUCCUUCGUAUCACGUGAGAUGUCAGUGUACCUGUCUGUUGGAGGUGUACUUCUGGUUGUUCUGACCUUUUCUCUUGGAGCUGGUCCUGUCCCUAGUCUUCUCUUGUCAGAAAUGUUCCCAAAUCGAAUAAGGGCAAAGGCCAUGGCUUGGUGCAUGGCUGUUCACUGGGGGGUAAAUUUCUUUGUUGGUCUUCUGUUUCUGCAAUUACUCGAGCAACUUGGGCCGAAGCUCUUGUACACAUUCUUUGCAACCUGCUGUUUGAUCGGUUUUGUGUUUGUGAAGAGGAAUGUAUUGGAAACCAAGGGAAAGUCACUUCAAGAAAUUGAGCUUGCACUACUUCCAGCUUAAUGAAGCUUUGUCUUUCGGUUCUUCAUACGACACCUAAAAUGCUGCUAUCUAAUCACGAUAUGAGAGCUGCACAAGGUGAUGACUCUGCUGCUAAUCAUUAUUCUUUUCGUUCAUAGAAGCACCAGUUUUGGCGCAUAUAAUGCAGUGCCUAACAGCGGGUUAUUUCAAGCGUUUGGCAUUCGUGAUUAGAGGUGCUUAUGAAAAAGUCUGGUAUAUAUUAUUCGACCAAAAUUUUGUUUAAUAGUGGUCUGGGAAUAGGGGACUAAGUUAGUGAUCUGGGAAUAGGGAACCAUAUUGCUCAACUUUUCCGAUCCUUUUUGCCCACCGGUGUUUGUUAUACUAGGAAACUUUUUUUUUAGGGUGGCACGCGAAACAUUUUGUGGUAGACACUGGGAGUUGUAAGUCAACUGAGGCACAUAUUUAUAUACUGAGGCUAUAUAAUACAAUUUCAAUUCUUGA